GGGGAUUAAAGUGGGCUGACCCAGUCUCGAAUCCGCGGACCAAUCAUACUCCAUGGAUGGUGACAAUGAGGAAAGCCGGCCAUUCCGGCGGUGGAGACAAAUCGACCUUCUAAGACAUGACCACUUCCAAAUCCCACUCCAGUCUUUCUCUCCUGCCAGAUGGUGCUCGCUCGGUCCAAGGACAGAUCAUAGUUUCCCAUUAAAGGGCCCAUCUAAUUUACCCUCACCUGGACCGAGGAUAACAUUACUACGCUCUGUUCAGCACAAUGCCUCGCUGGAAUCGCCGAAAGAAGUCUCAAGCUAAGAAUGAGAUAACGAACAGUAACAAUUCCACGGUGGUCCCACCCGACAACUUGACUGCUGUUGCCUCCCUCCGCGCCGUGUCUAGCAAUCCCGCCGAUGCAUCAAAAAGCGUUGAACUCGAUCCCGCCGAGGCUCGAAAACUAGCGAAGCAGCAUGCCGAAUUCGGCCCGCUCGGUGAUCCGUCACAUCUGUACAUGAGUGAACAUAUCGGCGGAGAGAUACCUGAUCCGGUGCUUGACGAACCUCCCUACUUCGUUGCCUUGACGACGUAUAUCAGCUUCCUGGUUUUGAUCUUUCUGGGCCACUUCCAUGACUUCUUCGCAAAGUUGCUCCGCUUGCAUACGUACCGGCACUUGAGACCUCAGAAUGGAUACGCCUCGCUCUAUAGUGAUUUUGAGAGCUUCUACACGAGGCGCCUUAAGCAGAGAAUCAACGAUUGUUUCGAGAGGCCUACGACCGGUGUGCCUGGACGAUAUAUCACACUGCUGGACCAGAAAACAGAUGACAAUCUUCAUUUCCAGCUUACUGGAACGACGACUGAUACGCUGAAUCUGAGUUCAUAUAACUAUCUGGGAUUUGCUCAAUCUGAGGGCCCUUGUUCUGACUUUGCGGAGGAGAUAAUUCGGCGGGACGGCAUCUCCAUGAUGGGCUCCUGUAGCGAAACAGGGACUUCAAGGCUUCAUCUUGAGGUGGAAGAUCAGAUUGCCCGGUUUGUCGGGAAGGAGUCCGCCGUUAUUUACUCAAUGGGCUUUGUCACCAAUGCUACCAUCUUUCCAGCUAUUGUUGAGCGCGGUUGUUUGAUCCUGUCGGACGAGCUCAACCAUGCAUCCAUUCGAUUCGGCGCCCGUCUCUCCGGUGCUGCCAUUCAGGUCUUUGCACACAAUAACAUGGCUGAUCUCGAGAAGCGCCUAAGAGAAGCGAUCUCUCAAGGCCAGCCUCGUACACACCGUCCGUGGAAGAAGAUCCUCGUCACCGUCGAGGGUCUCUUCUCUAUGGAAGGUACCAUGUGCAACCUUCCUAGAAUCCUUGAUCUCAAGAAGAGGUACAAAUUCCAUCUCUUUGUGGACGAGGCCCACUCAAUUGGUGCCGUCGGCCCUCGUGGACGCGGUGUCUGUGAUUACUUCAAGGUCGACCCUGCUGAGGUUGACGUCCUCAUGGGCACUUUUACUAAGUCCUUUGGAGCCAAUGGUGGCUAUGUUGCCGCUGAUAAGGCGAUAAUUGACAAAAUACGCGCUACGAAUGCUGGUCAGAUUUAUGGUGAAGCGCCGGCGCCUUCCGUUUUGGCACAAAUCUAUUCUUCACUUCGACUCAUUGCUGACGAAGACCCUCUUCACCCAGGCCAGGGUAUUGAGCGAGUGCAGCGAUUGGCAUUCAAUUCAAGGUAUCUAAGGUUGGGACUCAAGAGACUUGGAUUCAUUGUCUACGGACAUGAUGACUCCCCGAUUGUUCCUCUGAUGCUUUACAACCCCGCGAAGAUGCCAGCAUUUUCCCACGAAAUGUUACGACGUAAGAUUUCCGUCGUCGUCGUAACUUAUCCGGCCACUCCACUGGAACUCUCUCGCGCACGAUUUUGUGUGUCCGCUGCGCACACCAAGGAUGACCUUGACCGGAUCCUGCGGGUAUGUGAUGAGAUAGGAGACGCCUUGAGGCUGAAGUAUUCGACUGGUAUCGCGGGCGGGUUGAGAGACCCUCUGCCGAGCGACGCCUCCAAGGAAAACAAACAUAUGAUUGAGCCUCCUCGCUGGAGCAUCGAAGAAGUCAUUGAGAGAGGUACUCGCGAUGCGAAAUUGCCCCUGUACUGAAGAAAACGAUGCAGUUCGGGAUAUAUGCCCCGUUGUCCGAUCCUCUCACCUCGACGCUGUCACGAAAAGCCGACCUUUUUCUCUUCUACUCUCGAUAUAUUUGUGAACAUAUGUAUAAUAUGCUGUGACGAACGACCAUAAGACGUAUAGUAUAAUAAUAAUAAUCAAUCCGAUCUGCUUGAUGUCAGAUAUCACUUGGUCAGCGGACCCAGCGAUCUUCGUUCCA